UAACUACAUACCUUCAAUAUUUAAUUAAUUUAAUAUAAUAUAAUAACUUUGUAUAAUGGCAAACGUUUGGGAACGAACGCAUCUAAAUUUGACUAUGUGACCCCCUCCUGGCGCCAAAGCUGGAUCCGCCCUUGCUUCAUUCUGGGAUACCUAUCUAUAUUAAUAGUAAUAUUUAUAUGUUAUUAAGUAGAUUAUAGUAUUUUUAAAAUUUUGUAGGUACUUAUAAAAUAUAUUGUUUUUCUCGUAGGCCAUUUUAACGAAUAAAAUGAAAUUAUAUUUUAUCUAAAAGUUGAAUUUAACCCUUUUUUAAGAAGCCCCCUGAAACAUGGACGUGUGUAGUAGUACAAUAAGAGACCUAAUAAUACAUGAUAAUAUUGACGGCAUAAUUGAAUUUCUCCGAUCUGGCUUAAAUCCAAACUACAAAGGUGGGUGGCCAAUAAGGUUGGCUGCUCGACAUGGAUUGUUUGCUGUGGUAAAAUUGUUUAUUCAAUUUGGUGCAGAUCCUCAUUUAUUGAGUGGAACAGGGGCUUCUACGUUACAGCUUGCUGUAUUUUCUGGAAAGCACUGGAAUACUGAUAAUUGGAUAUUUUUACUUUCAUAUUGUGAUUCUUCACAACUAGCAGACGGAGCUGCAGUAGCAAUUGUGUUUAAAAAUGUUGUAGCAUUAAAAAAAAUAUUGGCUACGGGACGAUGUAACGUACAUGUACCGACGUCUCUAACAGGAAAAACCCUUGACCAAUUGGCAAAAGGCUAUAAAGUAUCGAAUUGGUUAGAGGCACCGGGAUCAAGUCAUUUUCCCGAAAACGAAGUUAAUAGACCACUAAUAAUUACUACGCGUCCAAUAAACUCGAGGAACACUUCACAACAAAAUAACACGUGCAGUAUCAAUUCAGCGGAUCGUGACGCUUCACUUAGCUUGCAGAGAUCCUCGACAAAUACCAACAGUGCAGUUCCGAAUUCUCCAAGAAACAUAUUACAGCAAGAACCUACCUUGAAUACAAUUUCACCUAGUACCACUUCAAGAACUAGUAGACCGAGCAUGAGAUCAUCACCUCACUACACUGAUCGUAAUUUAUCACCAUCCGUAGUGAGAUUUUUCAAUCAGUCCGUAGGACAGUCGUCGCUGACUCCAAGACAAAAUAUAGUUAGGGUUUCCUCACCAACGUGCAACGAAACGCUGCGCCAUUGAUUUUAAAAUUCAGUUAACAUAAAGUAAUUGGGAGAGGAGUAUUUUAUAAAACUAAAGUAUGACAUGGUUAUGAUAGCUAUUAUUUUAAUAAAUAAAUAAACUGAUAAAACGCAAGAAUUAGAAAUUAUGAUACAUACGGUGAAGGUAUGAUUCGUUCCUUCGUAAAAUGAAAAUCCGCGUGCUUAGUGCGAGUUUUUUAACGUUCUCGAUAGCGUAAAAGUUAGCCCAAUUCUGUAUGCAGUUGGAACAGCGUCCCUAACGGCAAACGUACGCAAACGAUCCCAGCCCAUACAAAAAUAUAAGCUAACUUUUACGUUAUCGAGAACAUUAAAAAACUGCACUAAGCACACAGACCGCCAAAAUUGUUCGUACUUUGUUUGGUAGGCCGUUUUGUGAGCCCGCAUAGGUCGACGCCGCGGUCCUGUUCUAUUUCGCAAACAGCCAAGCGUUAAGGUUUGAAUGAAUAGGAUCGUCGAGAGGAUUAAUAAACUGCAUUGUCUUGAGAUUGGCGCCAUCUUUCAUGUUUUGGGUGUCUAUGGGCCUAUUAACCGCUUAAUACCAACUUAGCCGAAAAUCUUGCUACCACAGACCAAUAAAAAUAGUUUUAAUUCUUGAUUCGUCUAUAAAUAAAUAUAAUUAUAAAUAUAAUUGAAAAUAAUAAUGACAUAACACAAUUUUAAAA